CUAACUCUUAGCGUUUCUGCUUUGGUACGACCAGGCACCGAGAGUCCCUAUUCGGCGGAAUUCUGGAUUAUUGAAAAAUUGAAACCAAUCAUGCGCCACUGUCUUCACAAAAGGGAGGAUUGGCACUUUCAGUGCAUAGUCACACCGAUGCAGCGCCCAAAUCGCGGAGGGUAAAAAACGAAGAGAAAACAGACAUUGUUGCAGAUUAUUUAUUUGCCUAUCUAAAGCUUAUCCUUGAUCUUUGGACUACAUGGUGAAAGUAGCGAGGUUUAUUAAGAAACUACGUAUUUAAAAUACGUGCGGGGAGAUAGACAACAUCCACUAAAACCAAAACCAUGUAAAUUCACAAUUUAUCGACUUGCAUAAAGGUAUGGCAAUGGAUUUAACGGCUACCAAAUCAUAUAUUACAUGUAUAGGCCUAAGUCAUGUAAGUGUUGAAUCAAAGCAUUUCUAAAACAAGUCUACUCAUGGAAAACUUUACAAACGAAAGUCAUGUUUUUGCGGAAGGUACUGAAGCGGACAGCACUGGACUCAGCAUCCGCGCGCUGACAGGUUGCGUUCUGUUUCUUCUGAUUGUCUCCACUUUAUUAGGAAACACGCUGGUGUGCGCUGCCGUUAUUAAAUUCAGGCACUUGAGAUCUAAAGUAACCAACUUUUUUGUAAUUUCUCUGGCAGUGUCAGACCUAUUUGUGGCAGUUCUUGUGAUGCCUUGGAAAGCUGUCUCGGAGGUGGCUGGGUAUUGGCUCUUUGGCAAAUUUUGUGAGACGUGGAUAGCUUUUGACAUCAUGUGCUCCACUGCAUCUAUUCUAAAUCUUUGUAUCAUCAGUGUGGACCGAUACUGGGCCAUUGCAAGCCCCUUUAGAUAUGAACGUAAGAUGACACAAAGAGUUGCUUUUAUCAUGAUCGGUGUAGCGUGGACUUUGUCAAUACUCAUCUCUUUCAUACCUGUCCAACUGAACUGGCAUAAAGCGGAGGAGGACUACGCAGAUGAUAACAGCAGCAACCACACUGAGGACUGCAACGCAAGCUUGAAUAGUACCUAUGCGAUAUCAUCGUCGUUGAUAAGUUUUUAUAUUCCUGUUGUGAUAAUGAUUGGCACCUAUACAAGGAUUUACAGAAUCGCCCAAACACAAAUCAGACGAAUAUCUUCCUUAGAACGAGCCGUGGAGCAAGCACAGAGUCACCAACACCCAAGUGACUGCGCUAAUGAGAACUCUCUCAAAACAACAUUUAAAAAGGAAACUAAAGUUCUGAAGACGCUUUCGAUCAUCAUGGGCGUGUUUGUGUUUUGCUGGCUGCCUUUUUUCGUGUUGAACUGCAUGGUACCUUUCUGUGACAUUGGUGAAAUUGGGGACCCUCUGUGUGUAAGUGACAGUACUUUUAACAUUUUCGUAUGGUUCGGUUGGGCCAAUUCUUCAUUAAAUCCAGUCAUAUACGCCUUUAACGCUGAUUUCAGGAAAGCAUUUUCAACCAUACUGGGUUGCAACAGGUUCUGCUCCAGUGCUCCUGUUGAAGCUGUUAAUUUCAGCAAUGAGUUAGUGUCGUACCACCACGACACUACGUUGCAGAAAGACGCACCCAUUGCCUUCACUACCGCCCAGCUUCCUUCGGUAGUACCCAACAACGGGGAAGACGUGGACUUACCCUUUGAUAAAGUUUCUGUCAUUUCAAACGCGUCCCGUAAUCACAGGAACCUGCUUCUCCCGGCAAUCGUCCAGUUUGAAUGUGAAGCAGAAAUUUCCCUGGAUAUGAUGCCGUUUACCACGACUGGAGCCAACGAAUGUUAUGCAAUUCCUGGUCAGAUAGGGGAUUAGUGGUUUUUACCUCGCGAACAUUUCCUAAGUGUUAAUUGCCAUAAAUUUUAAGGAGCUUUUAAUCUAAACAAAACAUUUCAUUGCUAGAUGUAUGACAAUCCAUUUCAGUAUUAUCAUAUUAUCAUACGCUGCUUAAUUUCAAGCAGCAUGCAUAAAAGCUAAUCUAACUAUGUUAUCACCUAGAACAAAGUUUUAAAACAGAGUUGCUUAAUUUAAUUACAAAGGAUCAAUGUCUACAGCAGGGAAAGGUGCUGUUCUAAUCAGUUUUACUCCUGGUAGUUUGUUUGCACAGUAUUUCAAUUGUCCUUCAAAAUCAGCCCUUAAAAUGUAAACCACAAAUUACGCAUAGGAACUACACACUAUGACCUAUUUUAUCUGAGAACUGAUUGUUUUCUAAAAUUCACGAAAGUAUUUAUUACCAGGUAAACCUGUUAAUAAUUUCGUAAAAUAAUUAUAUAACCUAUGUGAGACUAUGUACUUCCAGUAAAAUUUAACCUAUAGUAGACUAUCGGUGUGACCACUGAUUAAUUUGUUCAUUACCAGUCAGAUUUCAAAUGCAUCAUUUGCAUUUCAGUAAACAUUUACAGCGUACAUCGGUAUAAUAGCGCAGUUUACAAUUAUCUAGUGAUAGCCCAUAUACCAAAACGUAAUAGCGUUUAAACCGUACUUUUGUAUAAGAGCAUGUCGGAAGAAUAAUAGUUCAUCAGUUUUGAAAUAUAGAUGAAUGUUGUAUGUUUGUCUGAUCGACACUAUAAUGUAUUUAUCAUUUCGUAAUGUAUCCUGUCACUCAUAUGUACUUUUCAGAUUAUUUAUGAAGAUGUAUUGAGUGGAUAUGGAUGUAUUAGGGCUCCCUUUAAAAAAAUAUAUUUUUAAAUCUUGUUGGACGUUGGAGUGGGGAUUUUGAAAUUUACAUUGGCCUUGAUACUUCUCACACUGUUGCAGAUAGGCUCCUUGAUCUGGAUAAGAAUGUAAUGCUGUGUCCUUUCAUCUCAUAAAUAAAUCUGAGACAUUUUU